AAAAUUCCGAGAUUUCCGAAAGAUUUCUUUUUGUUAUAACUGAAAUUGUAGAAAAAAUGCCAAAAAUUUGGUAACUCGUAGGAAAGCAGAACAUUUAUCGUUGUCUAAACUUACUCAGCUUAAUGGUAUUCAUCGUGUACUUCCUUCCUUACAGUUGAAUAUUUAUCAUUGUUGAGUAAAAGUUACGGGACUUUCUACCGAAAAUGGCAGAGUAUUUAGCUGCUAUCUUCGGCACUGAAAAAGAUAAAGUAAACUGUUCCUUCUACUUCAAGAUUGGAGCAUGUCGUCACGGGGAUCGAUGUUCUCGUAUCCAUAACAAGCCAACCUUCUCACAAACAGUAUUGUUGCAAAAUUUGUAUGUGAACCCACAGAACUCUGCAAAAUCAGCAGAUGGAAGCCACUUGGUAGUUGCUAAUGUGUCUGACGAAGAAAUGCAGGAGCACUAUGACAACUUCUUUGAAGAUGUAUUUGUAGAAUGUGAAGAUAAAUAUGGCGAGAUUGAAGAAAUGAAUGUUUGCGAUAACCUUGGUGACCAUCUAGUCGGAAAUGUUUACAUUAAGUUCCGACGCGAAGAAGAUGCAGAGAAAGCGGUGAACGAUCUAAACAAUCGUUGGUUUGGAGGUCGGCCUGUGUACGCUGAACUCUCUCCUGUGACGGAUUUUCGUGAGGCUUGCUGCCGCCAAUAUGAGAUGGGCGAGUGCACUCGGAGCGGCUUCUGCAAUUUUAUGCAUCUCAAACCUAUAUCAAGGGAGCUAAGAAGAUAUCUAUAUUCCCGGCGUAAGGGAGGACGCCGAUCUCGCAGCCGCUCGCGCGAUCGGCCUGAGCGAGGCGGUGAGCGGGGCGGUGAACGCGGCGGAGAGCGCGGCGGAGAGCGUGGCGGAGAGCGGGGCGGCGAGCGGAAUGAGCGGCGCCGGCGCUCCCGAUCGCGCGAGCGCCGCCGAGACCCACCACGAAACUCGCGCUCCGGUCGUUAUUAACGCACACCUCACUCUCGUACGUAGAUUACGCUGCUCAUGUCAUCAGCAUCAACAUGGAGGCUCGUUAUCCACCCAAGUGGAACAGAUCAUGCAUUGCCUCUGGAGUCUACUGCACAGAGACCAUUUGUCAAAGACACUAGACCUCUCCGUGGCGAGACAUGACCGCAUAAGGCAUAUUAAAUUUAAUUUGGUUAAUGGAGAAGGAUAUAGUAUGGAAAAAUUGUUCCACGGUAAGAAUGAUGUUAAUUGAAAUAACAUUUUAGUUCAGUUGUAUUAUUAUGUCCCUCCAUCCAUAGAUUUAGUAUAUAGGUACCCAUAGAUUGGCAAUGCAAGUGAAAGAGCGUUAGUAUACACGUAUGUUAGAGCG